CAUUCGUCGGUAUUGGCGCGAGAAACGGGUCUCCUUGCGGCACAAUCUCGGCACCGUCUCGUCGUUCAUGCUGCACUCCUAGACGCUCGCCAUGUUCGCCAGAAAGCGAUCUCACCCACAAAACACGGAGCCGCAAUCGCCGCCUGCUACAGAAGACGAUGCGGCAGCGUCGAGGCCGAAACGCAACGCGUCACGCAAGUCGAUUUUCUCGUCGAUCAACAUGAUGUUGUGGCCGAAAAAGGAGUCGUACGAUCUACGGAGCCACAAAAUAUCAGACCGGAAGUGCGGUGCUACAACGAGUGGCCAAUCAAUGUCGCACUCUGUAGCAAGGAAUAGCUACAGUGAUUGCGACGGUUUCAUCACGUCGACACCUCAGAAUGGAGUGAAGGUGAAGGCUGGGAAGGCCUUAGAUGCCGGACAUAGAAAGCCACCCUCGAGUCCUAAACGGACUACAUUUUUGGGGACUAUCUUCUCUCCAGUCUUCUCAUUUUUUGGAAAAGAUUGUAAGUCAGGAGACGACUCUGUCAGUAGUUCAGAGAGCUCCGUAUCAAUUCCAGACGAAGACGUUUUGCCAGUUACAACUGACUCAUUCAACGGUGUGACAACCGACAACAUCCAAAACGGAGGCCAAAUGGACGAUGUAGCGUUGCCGUACAAUGUGUUAGUAUGUGACCCGUUUUACUUUAUCAAGCAUGUCCCUAUCAUCACAGCAGAAAUGCGGAAAGCAUCUCCAGCUCUUCCUGUGAAGACAAGAAGCUCGCCUGAAUUCUCUCUUGUUAUUGAUCUGGAUGAAACGUUGGUGCAUUGUAGUUUCAUGAAGCUGGACGAUGCGGAUUUUGCGUUUCCUGUGACGUUUUUGGGAAUCACGUAUGAUGUAUACGUGAGAACGAGACCGAACUUUAAGCAAUUUUUAGAAGCAGUUUCUACUAAAUUUGAAGUCACGGUUUUUACUGCCUCGAAAAAGGUGUACGCUAACAAGUUGCUGGACCUCUUAGAUCCCGACCACACUCUCAUAAGAUAUCGUUUGUUUCGUGAGCACUGCGUCUGCGUGUAUGGCAAUUACAUCAAAGAUCUCACCAUCUUGGGACGAGAUCUAUCCAAGACGGUCAUCAUCGAUAACUCACCACAAGCCUUUGCAUAUCAGUUGUCCAAUGGAAUUCCUAUUGAGAGUUGGUUUAGUGACAGCUCAGAUAACGAGCUACUGGACCUGCUUCCGUUUCUCAUGGAAUUACGAGAGCAAAAUCAAGAUGUCCGUCCCCUCAUUCGUGAGCGGUAUCGUCUCCAUGAACUCUUGCCUCCCGACUAGCACAAUCUCCAACAUCUUAGCAUUGAUGAGCCAACCUAAUUCCCCAUUUUAUAUACACUGUAUGACUCCCCUAUCUCUCCAUUCAUACUGGAAGGUUUUUGAUGAAGUCGUACGCGAGGGUGUGGUUUUUAGGUCUAGGAAUGAUGGUGCCGCUAUUUUAGUGAAAUUGUAAUGAAUGGCUGGAGGUAUGCAGUACAUUUCAGCGUGGGUAUUAGCUGCUGUGUAAGUAGCCGCAAUUUCUAGUGAUUUGUAAACAUGCAUCAUGUCUAGACAGUGU